UCUUCUUCCAAGAAACUUAAAUAUUGUGCGCGGACAGAUUUGUGACAGUGCGAUCAUUCGCUCGAUCGAUUUGUUAUUGUUUAAACCCAAGAAGUAAGAGUUUCACAGAUAUUUUAUGUUAAAUUAUAUUUUUUCUUUAUUUAUAUAACAAAAUAUUCUCAAAUUUCUAUUGAGAACUAUUUCAUUAUGAUAUUUUAUACCGAUCAACUAUUUUCCACGGAAAUUAUGCGCUCAAUACUUACUUAAAAAAAUAUAUGUAUAUAUAAAUAAUUUUGAGUUGUAGAAGCGUAAACGGGCUUUCAAUAAAAUUUAUAAUAAUCGUUUUCAAGGUGAAUAAAGAAACAAAUACUCAUGAAGAUGUCAUUUGGGAUCAAGCCGACUCAAGUCAAUGCUUCAGAGAUAUCCAAUGAUUCUGGAGUAAUUUUAGAUGGUCAAAAUUCAGGAAUGGAUUUAAAUACCAACGGUCAAGACAGAUCAAUGACAUCAUCACCUAACACAGAAAGACCAACUCAGGCUCCUGAGACAACAAAUAAUGAGAGUUUUAAUUCAUUUAAUAACAAUGAAACUUGUGGAAAUGCUUUAUGGUCCAGGCCUGCUACUAAAACAACAAAUGCUCAUCCUUUUGGGAUGGCUUCAUCUGCAUCUGCAGGAGAUACAGCAGAUACUUCAGUGACGUCAUCAGCAGCUUUUGGCACUUUAACAACAACUCCGGCUGCUGAUACAACUAAUAAUCAGACUUCUGAAGCAAGUAAUAAUCCAACUUUUGGUGCAAACAAUAAUCAGAAGUUUGGAGUAAGUAACAAUCCUGCUUUUGGAGUAGCAUUUUGUUCCACUUCUGUUCCAAAUACUACAAGUACUCAAGCUUUUGGAGUAGCGUUUGGAUCCACUUCUGUUCCAAAUACUACAAGUACUCAAGCUUUUGGAGUAGCAUUUGGUUCCACUUCUGUUCCAAAUACUACAAGUACUCAAGCUUUUGGAGUAGCAAAUCAGAAUAUUGGAGCAUCUAACAACAAUACCGAUUUUGGUGGUGGAUUUGGUUCCAUGUCUGCACCAAAUACAACAAAUGGUUCGACAUUUGGAACCACUAAGAAUCAGACUUUAGGAGCAUCAAAUAAUCAUAAUUUCGGAGCAACUAAUAACAACAGCACUAUUGGAGGUGCAUUUGGUUCCAUGUCUGCUCCAAAUGCAACAAAUAUUCCAUUUGGGAUCACUUCAUCUGGACCAGCAGCUUUUGGAGGCAUGAUUGGUUCUGUUUCUGCCCCAAAUCCAACAAACACACAACCUUUUGGAGGAGCAAAUCAGAACUUUGGAGCAACUAAUAACGGCAACGCUUCUGGAGGUGCGUUUGGGUCUAUGUCUGCUCCAAAUGCAACAAAUACUUCAUUUUGGGGUGCUUCUUCUGGAACAGCAGGUAACCCAGGUGCAUUUGGUUCCGUUUCUGCUCCAAAUGCAACAAAUGCUAAUAGUCAGCCAUUUGGAGCAGCUAAUAAUCAAACUUUUGGGGGUGCUUCAUCUGCAGCACCAAGUACCGCAGGUGUGCAAUUUGGUAGUGACCCAAGAAAUCGUGGGAAUCCAUUUGGAGCACCCAAUUUCACGCAGUGUUUCCAAAGAUACUUCACUCCAAAUAAUAUCGGGAAUAACACAAAUUAUGUAGGUAAGCUGGGUACUACAAAUAUAGACAUUGAUGAACCGAUCGUCAUAACAGGUUACAAUGAACAACUAGGAUUCAAUUCAAACACGGGGUUUAACUCUACACUACCCCGUGGGUUGUACGGUUCACCAAUGAACACCGCCAGUGGUACCGGUAAAUUGAGUUCAACAAACAUAACAGUCAAUCAACCUAUAACAAUAACAGAACAAAAAGGCGUCAUGUUUGGUAUCCAGUCGACUAUGUCGCAGCCAGUACAGGGACUUUAUGGUCAACCUAUUAUUACUACAAGUACCGGUACGCUGUCAACUACAAAUAUAAUCGUCAAAAAACCAAUAACCAUAUCAGGAACCCCGAAUACAUUCAAAUUUGGCAUUAACCCAACACAGGCGACUAAUUUCGGAUACUUUAAUACCCCUAUUACGACAAAUGCAUUGGAAAAGCUGUGUACUACUAAUAUUAAGGUCAACAAACCGAUUUCUAUAACAGGUAAUUUUGGACGUAAUCCCUCUUGUAUGCACAAUUGUAAUUGCCGACCACAUUAAUUUAACAUAUGUUUAAAGUAUAUUAUUGAAGUUAUCCAAAACUACAUCACACCAAGAAAAUAAAAUGUUACCAUAUUGUAACAUUUUACAAACCGUGCAAAGAAAGCCGAGGACAAAGCAGAGGAUUACAAAUGUUAUUUUUUUUUUUGAAGUAUACUAUCAAUACUUUAUUUAUAUAAUUUAAAUUGAUGGCAUUUAUACUGUCAGUUACCAUUUGUUAUAAGAAUUAAGAAAUAGGAAUAAAUGUUUACUCACACAACAUGAUGAGAAGUUUUUGUAUGUGUGCGUGUUAGGUGAUAAAGUUAUCGAAAAAAACUUAAUAUUACAAUAUUUAUUUUGGAAAACUACUACUAAGGUAUUUCAUGUGUAUCUACUAUUUAAGGUCUAUUAUCAGGUUACUCAUUCAAAAGAAAUUGAUAUUUUUCAAUGUUGUAACACUUUCUAUCUAAUUGUCAACCUAAGGGUUAUUAGCACUGCGGAUUUUGAUCACCAGUGCUAAUAUUAGUUGUUUAAAUUACAAUUAAAUGUAUUUAUCUGUGGAUUAAAUGUUUCAUUGUCUUAUAAAGUGGAUAGGAUUUCGAUACAUUAAUUAUCACCAUAAUUGUAUAUCUUAAAUCAUUGAUAUGUUGUGUAACU